AUGUCUGAUGACAUUGAUGAAGACGUCCCACAGUUAUUGCAGCAGUGGGGUUUACCUCAAUAUAUUCAUACUUUUAAAGUAAAUGAUAUAACGAUAUCGACACUGUCGAUGAUAGACAGAAGUCUAGCUAAAGAACUAAUCCCUUCAAUUGGAGAUCGCGCCAAAUUUCUGAAAAACUUGGACAAUUGGAACAAAUUAACUAACCCAGAAGAAUCCCUAGAAAUCAGCAGCUGCAGUUCUGAUCCCCCUGUUUUUGUAGAUAUGCUUAAUCCCAAACACAAACAAAUAAAGAGUGUGAGUGAAUUUCUAACCCCUCUAGACAAGAAUAAUACCUCUACCCAACUAAAUGAUUCCAAUGUCAUUAUACUGCCUAUCACUGGUGAGGAUGAGGAGGCUGGCACUAGUGCGGAUCUGGAUAUGACAAUUUGUAAUGAAGAUGUAGACGUAUGUUCGCCAUUGAAAAGUCUACUUUUAAAAUCAAAUGAAGGACGAGGCCUGCUAAAUUUGUAUUCAGAACAAGGCAAACUAUCAAAUAACGGGCGAAGAAAAGUUUGCAAUAUAAUAAUAAAAGAUCUAAUGCAAUCAGAUCCAAAUAAAAGAAUAGACAGUUCACUACUUCUUACAAAAGCACAAGAAAUAAAGGAAGUAUUCAAAAAGGAAAAUAUAAGCACUUACUUUAUUCCAUAUAUUAAUGACACUAAACUUAAAAUAAAGAGAUGUGCAAAGGGCAAAUUAUAUGACUGUCUUCAAAAUAGGCGCCGCGAAUUAAGGGAGGCUAAAGUUAUUAAAAAGAAAAAUUGCAGCAACAUCGACAAUAACAGCAAUGAGCCACUAGAAGUCGUCGAACAAGAUGGUGGUGCAGAUGAAGAUAUCCUGUGGCUCCAAAACUGUACAGAACCCUGGCAUACAGUGAUAGAGAAGUGGCAUAAAACAUCUAAAAACAGAUUGAAGGAAAUAGAAACUUCAGAAAUGACCAUCGGAGCAUACAUUAAUAAAUACCCAGUGUUAAAAACGCCGCGCGGGCAUGAGCUUCUUAUUGAAGAUUUCGAAUUUUUAUACCCAUUGUCAGGAAAUAAAUUGUUUGAAAUAUUCCCAACAAUUAAAAAAAAUAUAUUCAAAUUGGCUCUAUCUAAAAGCCAAGUUACUGAAGUAAAAGAAAUACUGGAACAACUUCAGCUUCUAAACAAAGAUGAUGAAAAUUACGAGGAAAUUGAAUCAAUAUUAGCAUUCAUGCUUUUGCCGCUGCUACUGGGAAACCCAUCACACAGGACGAAAAAACAAGUGUGGCGGCCAUCCAAAGCUGAAGUGAAGGAUGGCUUCGUUACACACGUGCUGAGACCAAUGGACGUGCAGGACGCAAUAGCCCACCGGCGUGAGAAAUAUUUAAAGUACAAGUUAACGCUCCAACCCGUAAUUGUGAUUGUUGGUUCUUCUUAUAUGGACAUACAAAAAUACUAUGUCGUAGUUAACGAUUUAUUUUACGAAACGAAUUCAAUUUUAAAAGCAGUGGAUACAUGUUUUAAAAUUUUCCACUCUCUUCACUGUCAAUAUCCGACAGAGAGUGUGUGCGUGUGGAACUUCUUACAACUAGGACUAUACCAGUUAAAAACAAAGUGGGACAAAACCUAUAGCACUGUUAAUGCUUUCAUUACUGAUCUGGACAUUGAUCUUUAACAAUUUAAACAAAUACUUAUUUAAUAAAAAAAACCUGUUAUAAUGCCUAAAUGUUUUGUAUGUUCUGUAGAUUUGUCAACUUACAAACAAUUGUGUACUCACAUAACGUUAUAUCACCAGAAACGGGGCUUACCUUUAAAUAAUUACAUUUGUUUGGAAGAUGAUUGUAAUAGGAAAUUUUUUCUCUUUAAUUCGUUUAAAAAACAUUUAAAGAGUCAUCAAAAUGAAUCAAAUUCCUUAGGUACUCAUGCCAAUGACAUAUCAACAAAUAAUUUAUUGAGUAUAGUCCCUCCAGUGACAAAUUCAACUACUUCUGAUUUACAUUCUAUGGAAACUAAUAAGUCUGUAGCUAACAGCCCCUGUAGUUUAAAUAUUAAACCUAUGAAAAACAUUGAAUCAGUUACCAACCCUAUAGCCAAGUUUGCUUCAUUGUUAUAUGCCAAUUCAGUUAUACCGCUUAAUGUGGUUCAAGAAAUAAUGGACAACUUAAGUAACAAUAUUAUUAAGCCUUUACUUGAUCCUUCUUCAACGCAUGAUACCGUAAAAGAGGACUGUUACCGAACUACAUAUAACAGAAUUGCAUCUUUAAAUGAGUCAAUGAAAGAUUUUGUAUCAGAACAUAAGAGGCUGUCUUACUUUAAACGUCAUGGUACAUAUAUAGAGCCUCAGGAAUAUACUGUUGGACAACGACUAGAGACAAAAUAUGACAGUAAUAAUCAUUGCAAUGUUACCACAGUGAAAGCAACAGCAAUGCAUAUUCCUAUAAACUUAAUACUUAAAAAUUUUUUUGAAAUGGAUGGUGUAUUGGAGGAAACGAUGCAAUUUUUUACAAAAAUUCUAAACAGUAAUAGUAAUUUAGUCCAAAAUAUAAUAAAAGGGUCUGAAUGGCAAAAAAAGCUUGCUUUGCAUAAAGAUAAAAUUGUAUUUCCUUUGUGUCUUUUCUUUGAUGAUUACGAAGUUGGUAACGCUUUAGGCAGUCAUUCAGGCAUACACAAACUUGGGGCUGUUUAUAUUAGUGUUAUGUGUAUUCCUCCCCAUAAAAUAUCACAUCUAGGUAAUAUAUUUUUAUCACUAUUGUUCCAUUCUUCCGAUCGACAAAAAUUUGGCAAUAAUGUUAUGUUUGCCCCAGUUAUUUCAGAUUUAAAUAAUUUACUAGAAAAUGGAAUCGAGGUUAAUAAUUCUGGAAGGAAAACUAAACUUUAUUUUGAAUUAGCUGUUAUUAUAGGAGAUAACUUGGGUAUACAUACAAUCACAGGGUUUACGGAAUCGUUUUCAUCCAACUAUCCAUGCCGUGUAUGUAAGAUUACUAAAGAAACUAUGAGAAAGGCUUAUGAAUGUGAUGAAUCUUUGCUACGUACAAUGCCCCAAUAUAUGGUAGAUGUAGAAUUGCAAAAUGUUUCUGCUACAGGCAUUAAAGAUAAAUGUGUUUGGCAUGAGGUAAAAGGGUUUUCAGUUAUAGAUCAUGUUGGAGUUGACAUAAUGCAUGAUCUCUUAGAAGGAGUCUGUAAAUACGAUAUGAGUUUCAUUAUUUUGAGUUACAUUACCGACCUUAAAUAUUUUUCGUUACAAAUUUUAAAUAAUAGAAUAAUUUCUUUUAAUUACGGACCUGAUAGAAGGAAUACACCCCCAAUCAUUACAUUAGAUCAUUUGCAACGCAAUACUCUAAAAAUGUCAGCAGCAGAAACACUUUGUUUUGUAAGAUACUUUGGACUGCUAGUCGGUGACCUGAUACCCGGCCAUGAUGCAAUUUGGAAUAUUUACAUUUGUUUGAGAAAGAUAAUGGACAUUGUCAUGUCAACUGUCAUUACUAAAUCAGAUUCAGAUUUAUUAAAAAGUCUUAUUUCCGAACAUAACUUCUUAUAUUUGGCAUAUAGUAAAAAAUCCUUAACUCCUAAAUUCCAUUAUCUUACUCAUUAUCCACAGAUGUUAAUUAAAUUCGGCCCCUUAGUAAAUAUCUGGUCGAUGAGGUAUGAAGCUAAACAUCGCAUAUCUAAGUUAUAUGCAAACGUGACCAAUAAUAGAAUUAAUAUUUGUAAAUCACUUGCUAUUAAACAUCAACUUCAGUUAAAUAAUAAGUUUAUCAGUAACACCUUCAUGAAAGAGUCUGACUGUGGAAGAAAAAAAAGCGUAAGCGAUCUGAGAAUUACUGAAAAUAUUGUAUGUCAGUUGCAGUUAGAGUUGACAAAUUUAUAUAAAUGUAAUUGGGUCCAAGUUAACGGAAUUAAGUACACUGCUAAUAUGACGUUAACGUUAGAUUUUUAUGAAGACAAAUUACUACCAAAGUUUGGCUUGAUCGAAAAUAUUUUUAUAGCCGAUGAUUAUUUAGUUAUUUUUGAGUGUUCUUUGUUUGAUACGUUAUGUUUUAAUGAACAUUUAUAUUGUUUUGAUGUAGAAUUAUUAAGUGAUAGAAAUACUUAUUUUUUUUCCUUAGGAAACAUUGCUAGUUACGUGCCAAAUAAUUUGACACUUAGUGUUAAUGGUAAACAUUAUCAUGUUACGCCACGAUCUUCAAUUUAGAUAUUUAAUAUAUUUAUUGAUCUAAAUUUAAGACAAAUUUUAACUGUAUUAAGAAAAAAAAUAUACUUAUAAUUUAUAACGCUUAUAACUAAUUCAUUUAAGUGAAAAAAGUACAAAUUAUGUUACUCUGACUGAUGUUUGAUGAAAACGCUCAUUAGAAUACUUCUAAGAUGUGUAGAAAUGAUAAGUGGGUGAAUCAACUUUUCUUGCCUGUUAUUGCCAUGGUUACGGUCCCCCGAGUCAUGCUGGUUUUAUGCAAAAUUAUGCUAC